AUGCAGGCUUUCAAGGCUCACGUCCCGCGCGCCCGCGCUGGGGCGGUCUCUCGCCGUGCAUCUGUGCGAGUGCGGGCGGACAAAGUGUGCAUCGUCAACACCAAGGGUGGUGGUCACGCCUUCAUCGGCCUCCACCUGGCAAAGCAGCUGAUUGCCAAGGGCCACGACGUCACUAUCUUCAACGAUGGCGAUCAGGCCAAGCUGUCGGCCAAGGCGCCCUUCAACCAGUACAGCAGCCUGCGCGGCCUCAAGGUUGUUUGGGGCAGCCCCACCGACUACGCCACCUUCCCUCAGGGCCCCUUUGACGUGGGUAUGGUCAAGCACUACGUUUUUGUGAGCUCGGCGGGCGCGUACAAGGCCAACUCCAUUGAGCCGAUCCACGUGGAGGGGGACGAGCGCAAGGCCAGCGCGGGGCACGUGGCGGUUGAGAACUACCUCAAGGAGGAGGGCCUGCCCUACACCGUGUUCCAGCCGCUGUACAUCUACGGCCCCCACACCGCCAAGGACUGCGAGCAGUGGUUCGUGGACCGCGUCAUCCGGAACCGGCCGGUGCCGAUCCCCACGCCCGGCGUGCAGCUGGUGACGCUGACCCACGUGGAGGACGUGGCCUCCAUGCUCGCGGCGGUGCCCGGCAACAAGGCCGCGAUCGGGCAGCACUACAACGUCUGCUCCGACCGCGCCAUCACGUUCCAGGGCAUCGUCAAGGCUGUGGGCAAGGCGCUGGGCAAGGAGCCCAAGGUGGUGCUCUACAGCCCAGAGAAGGUCGGCACCGGCAAGAGCGGCAAGGCGGAGGGCUUCCCCUUCAGGACUGUCCACUUCUUCGCGAGCGCCGAGAAGGCCAAGCGCGAGCUGGGCUGGAAGCCGCGGCACGACUUCCUGGCCGACGCCGCCGACCUGGUGGCGGCCUACAAGGCGUCGGGCCGCCAGAACAAGGACAUCGACUUCAGUGUGGACGACAAGAUCCUGUCGGCCCUCAGGGCCUAA